UUUCUUUUUCAUCGACCUCCCUUGAUUCCAUUCGAUAUCAGUCCGUGACAGGGUUCGUAAAUUUGGCACGUGCACGCGGGGGGGCAGCAGCAUUCGGCAAAUGCCGCUGAACCAGAGCGCCAAGCCGCCAACGAUAUGAGACGCCGGCCGGAUUGAAUGUCAGCACGUCGCGAUUGGUCCGUUUGUUUGGGUUCAACCGUUGCGGGUCCCGCUUGAAUUUUUCUAGGUUGUAGUGCGCGCGGAAGAUAUUCACCAUUGAUGUAUAGUAUAUACACACACGCAUACUACGUGUAAACACUGCCUCCUGACCGCAUUUACAUUAUCAUGCCAAUUCAGUUUUGUAUACACAUUGAUAUAGCCUGCAAGUGCGCGUUGAUUUAGCAAAUGCAGUGCAAAUGCUGUGUCGUUGUUCAUUAGUUACAGUAUUAAAAUAACCCAAGUGUAUAUAGCUCUUGCUCAAAAUGUCGAUUAACGUUACCGUCAAGGGUAAUCCUAUAAGUAUCAGGAAGGGCAAGAUGAUACUCUCGGAUCUUGACAAGAUCAAGAAGUACGACAGAGAUCAACGCAAAAAGCUGAGACUAGAGCAGGUUCAAGAACAAAAUAAAAUAUUUUCGAGAAAUUUACUUGAACGAGUGAAGCUCGCCGAGAGAGAAUCGCAUCGUCGCUUGGCCGAUGACGACCACAAUGAGCUGACUGCUCGUGAACGCGACAGAAAACUACAGGAGGUACGACGGCGUUGCCCUGAAAGCGAGUUUAUCGGUUAUGCUCAUGAAAAUGCAGCCAGACAGCCUGAUGUCGAAGCCAUACGUCGGGCUGAAGAUGAAAGAAAUCGAUUGCGAGCUAAGGAAAGAGGAGCUGAGGCUGCUAGAAAGUUGAGAGAGGCUAAAAAUGCACAAGCUGCUAUUCAUAAGGUGCCAGAGCGAUUAAGGAAAGCUCGUGAAUUAGAGAAUGAGCGAUCCAGUAUGGUUGCUCGCUUAGCACAAAAAGCACAUAGCCUUGAAGAACAUGCAGAAUCAUCCGAUAAUAAUUUUGUCAACAAAACAGUUCCUCCUGUGUGUUUAAAGAAGAAACCAAAGUGUGUUGUUCCAAAAAAGUCACCUGUGAAAAAAUCUAAAUCUUCUAAGGUAUCCAAGAAUGUGCCCCGAGUAUCAGUAACAAUAAAUAAUGAUAAUAUCACCACUGUGCCAUCUGAUUCUUGUAGGAAAAAUAUUGAUAAAAAAAUUCCAAAUAAUGAGCCUGAUGUUCCGAAAACAAUUUUAGAUUCUAUGAAAGACAAAAGUCGUGAUAGUUUACUGGAGUCAGAUGAUAAUGAACCCAGAAAAAUUGUGCCUACGACAAGCCAAUCAUCUGAAAAACCUGAAAAUCUCUUGAGGUAUAAUAAACAAAGUAAUAAUCUUGGCCAUAGUUCAUCUGAACUUAGCAGUACAUCAACUGUAUUUUCAUCUACGAAUAGUGAAGAUUCGUCAUAUUUCUCAGAUAAUGUUUUAAUAAAAACAUCAACUCGUAAACCAAAUCUACUCAAACCUCCAUCAUCAACCAAGUCUACUGUUGAUAUGUAUAACUAUAAAACUCGACAAAACAAAUCUUAUGAUCACCCGUCAGACUUGGUAGAAAAAGUGAACGAUAAAAAUAAGCCUAGAGCCGAGAAAUUAGCUCAAGAAUUGAGAAAAACCGAAAGUCGAAACUCCGAAGUAAUUGAAAAGCGCAAAGAUUUGACUAAAAAACGUAGUGAAGAUGCCAUAGCUCGAGAAAAUAUCGCCCGAGAUUACAAGGAAUUAUUGAAAUAUCUUGAUCGGCUUGAAAAAGAAUCUAAAAAGUUUAAAACUGCCGAACUUUUAAACAAUGCACCACUACCUCAGCCAUCGAAAAAAAUUAAAGAUGAAACUAAGCGUCAAAAGAAAAUGGAUCGCGCCCUUCAAGAAAUUUUACGAACAUCACGAAAUGCUGGAAUGAAUCUCGAUAGCCAGACCGAGCGACCAAUAACGAUCACUCCGCGUGAUUAUAUACACGAUAAACCCACACCAGUUAAUACUUGGUCAGAAGCUCCGUUUACCCGAAAUCCUAGUGCGCGUAACGACGAUAACGAUGAUUAUACAGAUGAAAGUUACAACGAUGUCACUAAUGUCGAAGCUUUUGACGAGAGAAAUGUCAUCAAGGCUUUGAUAAAGAUCGAUCAGCUAAAACGUAACAUAUUACAAGAUUACGGAGCUAGUUUACCGGACAGUAUACUCCAAGCUAGUCGAAAGCCAUUGUUCGCAAAUGAACAAACUGAACCCUACAAACAACCAGUUGAACAACCGCAAACAUGCACUUUCCAUCAUCAAUAUCAACAACAUCAACAUCAACAACAUAAACCUCAAGUGCCAUCUUCGAUGACGUCUUCAUCGAGUCAGGAAAAGGUGGAGUGUUGUCAUUCGUCGCAUCAUCACGAUCAAUCAGAGAUUCAAAUGAUAAACUUGUCGCGCGAUGACGCCGUUCGACCGCCAAAGAAAAUAUUCAGAACUAAAACUUCAACUUGCAGUCAAAAAUCUUCCAGAACAGAGAGCACUGUUUCGAUGCAAGAUCAGCAAGUACAAGUUGAGCUUGAAUCAAACAAGUCUUGCAAAAAAGUUCGCCAACCAGUUAAGAAACGAGUGAUUGAGCCAACCGUAAAGAUUGUAUCGAAUGCUGCUGCAGCAGAUAGCGGUAACGACAGUAGCACCAGCAGUACAUCUUCCACUACUACCGAUAUGGUAAUCGAUGUCAAUAAUAAAGAAAUUACUGUCGUUCCUAAAACUCGCGACAGUUCGGUUAAAAUAUCGAAAAGUACCAGUACCGUGAGUUCAGCUAGUGUUGAAAAGCAAAAAAGCAAGUCGUUCCAGUUGACGUAUGAUCCCGUCAAAGGUGUAUUUGAAGUCGACGGAUACGUUAUUGACCCGGAGAAAAAAGAAAUCAUCGUGAGAUCAAGGGUCCAAAAAGCGUCCGAUCCACGUAAAAGUAAGCAUGAUAAGGAAAACUCGGUCAAAAAUAAAUCUACCUCGACAAACACCGAAAUGCCACCGCCGAAAACAAAGAGCACCAGUACUGGUACAUCUACAGUUAAAACUAAAGAAAAAUUGUCCGCGUCGAAAAAAGCUAAGUUGGCUGGUAAACUGUUUCCGUAUUUACCUACGAGUUCAAAAUCGCGUUCGCUGCCCGGUAGUCGGAUGCAGUCUCCAGUGAAGAAGCAAUCGAAAUCGGUACCAAACAGUCCAAAGAAAUCGCGCAAGUCUUUACAAGAAGAGCGCGAAUAUAGACACCAAUUCACGCAGGUGUCGAUUGAUUCGAGUACUACGACUACUGACACUUCUUCUCUACUUUGCUCUGAUAGCAACGGUAGUAAACGUUUAUACUGUAGAAUCGAAACGGUGGCUGCUCAAAAGUAUAUGAAUAGGCGACAAGACAUUUCGGACGGGUCGACUAUUUACGCAAGUCCACCUCAAACUACACCUGGAAUGUAUAUUGAUCAAUCGGCCAACAAUCACAGUACUUCAAUAAAUGACAUGUUGGAUGCAAAUGGUAGCUUGAAAAGAAGAGUCACCCCAGAGCCAUCGCCCAUGCCGGAGAGUCUAAAACUUUUAUAUAUGAUGAGUACAAAAGGAGACGCUGCUGCUACAGUUUCUGCUAGAGAAAAAGCACCCAGUGAAAAUACGUGCCAAUGUAAAAACCCAACGUGUAAAUUGCUUCACGAUCAAGUUGACGAUGCUCUAAAUUAUGCGUUAAAUCAUGGCCCAGAAAUAUUGAAAGAGUAUGACAAGCUGCAAUAUACAUGCCAUAAAAGAAUCGAAUCUCUAACAGAUCUCAUUACAACUCUUCGCAAAGAAAAGAAAGAUAUGGAGUUUUCAGCAGAAUCUUUACACGAUCAUUCAGCCCCAGUUGCAGGUUUCUCGCAAUCGAGUAGAACCUCACAGCGAUCUCAGCAGCUUCAUCAGCAGCGUUCACAAACAUCAUCGCAGACGGGAAAAAGUAGUGAACUGAUGAAAAAAAUUGAAACAGUCCACUCAGCACUCAAAAAGACCUUCACUGAAACCGAAAGGAAAAUCGUUGGAAAGAGCAUGCAGGAAACACCCCGAACAGUGCCAACUACUGAUCACUCGUCAAACAGUACAAUCGAACUUUCUAAAGAUAGUACAAUAAUUAUAAGUGACGAUGAAGAAGAUCAAACAAUCGUUAAUUCGUCAAAAUCCCCAGCUAAGCCGAAAAUACUAAAGGAUGAGCGCGUUAAUGUCGAUCUUUCAUUGCUGCGACAACAGUCGAGAAACAAGAGCCCGGAACCGACGAGAUCUUCAGCGGAUCCAAAUAACGGAGAUCCGGUGGUGAAAAUGCUGUCGAAAGAGAUUUUAGAACAAAGUAAAAGCAUUAAUAAAUCUACGCCAAAUAGCAUUAAAUCCAAAUCUGAUGUUUCUCCCUCGAAACAUUCAAGUCAGGGAAAUGCCGAGGUAGAACCUGUAAUCAAGGAGACACCCGUGAGAGACCUGAGCAAUCAAGACAGUAAUUCACCGUCUAACCAAGACCUAAGACAAAAUAAUUUGUCAGAUAAUUCGAACGUACUUAAUUCGGAGUAUGAACCGUUCCUCGCUGGUAUACCGAAAAUCAAUCGCAAUAUAAGCACAAGCAACAAUACGGAAAGGUCCAGGCCUCCAGUUACUCUCAUUAGUAGACCGUUCAAACCAGAAGUUUUUGCUUCACCUGCCCAUGAAUUAUCGACUAUCGUUGAAUUCGAUACUCCCAACACGCAAAACAAGAGUCAAGUAAGCACCCGAAGCCCAUCCACCAAGUGCCGUCGAAAAAUAGCUGGUACAGAAGAGACUCAGUCUACUGCUUCAUCCCCUUCAAAGAGUACAAGCGAUCCAUUCAAAAUUCCUAAGUUAAAACCAUCAGUGCACGUUGCUCCCUUCCCGGCGUUGCGAUCUCCACAACAACAACACCAACAACAAAAACAACAACAAAAGCAACAACAAACACAACAGCCACAACAACACUUCAACAAAUUAUCUGCCUUUGCUAAAUCAACCUUAGUUAAAAACAUGGAUAAGUCAAUGGAGAAAUCAAUUGAAUCUUUGGACAAAUUGAAAAAGGCUUCAUCGGAUUCGAUGCAUACUUUGCCUGAUAUGGUCAUAGAAUUGCAACAGAGUCAAGACAACAACGACGGAUAUGAACGCAUCAGUCAAAUUUCCAUGUAUUCGCUUCCGGAUGAAAAUAUCGACGAUUUGAUCAUCAGUGACAUCUGCGAGGAAAGUAAAUCUAAGAGUACAACACCUGCGUUAAAUUCCAAUAAUAGUAGAGACGGAAAUUUCAGCAAUUCGAACUCCAGAAACAUGUCUGGUUUGUCUGGAGUAUCUGAAAUAACGUCUUCGCAUUCUUCCGAUCGCAACCGUGUAAAGUGUCCAUCCGAACCUGAAGAGAUGGAAGAAGGUCUGAAACAAGUUGGUUUGUUCUGGGCUGCCUCAACUCUGAAGAAAACAAGAGAAGCGAGUGCUCUUGGUUCUUCAUCAAGUUCUGAAGGGACACCCGUGAACACAGGGACUCGCUUGGUUUCUCCGUUCAAAAAACAGCAAGAUGGCUCGAUAAUAGAAAUACCUGAAAUUAGUGACGUAUCUUCCAUAUCGAUUAAGCACACUAACAUGAGUACUGACCGCUCAAUUCUAGUCAAAGGAAGAUGUUCUACACCCAACAGAAAAUUAGGCAGUAAUAAUUCAAAUACAUCGAACUAUUCUGUAAAAAGAUCUAAUCCUUCUGAACAUGGGAUCAACUUUAAUCACCCGAAUCAUCCGUUGAACCCAAAUGUUUCUCAUCAUUCUACACGUUCUGAUCGCAGAUCCGUUCAAUCAAAUAAUCAAUUGAAUUCGAAUGGUUGUUACACUACCGAAAAAUCUGUUCAUUCAAAUCACCAAUUUGAAUCGAUUUAUUCCAAUCGCGGAAUGGAAUCAAUUCACUCGAAUCGCGUCGUAGAAUCAAUUCAUUCCACUCGUCAAGUUGAAACAGUGAACUCAAACAAUGAAAAAAAUUCCUUUAACGGCUCGGACAGCACUAUAUCGACCCUAGCUAGUAUUCGUUCUGUUAAUGUUGUACACAAUGAAAGUGCCGAUGUAUCAAUACCUAACAUAUCGUUUCCGGAAAAAAUUUAACAUUACAAUGUAAAAAGCAUAAAUUAUUAAGUCUGUACUAUUAACGAUUUUAUGAUAUUUUUAAUGACUCAAGUAUUAAUCUGUUUCUUCUAAACGCAUUAGAAGAAAUGGAAUGUGAUUUUUUAAUUAUCUGGACUGCUACGCAGCUCAAUCAAUUUUACUAUAAAACUUUUUAAACAUUAUUUUAAUUUGUAAUAGACGAUUAAUAAUAUUUUAUGCUAUACUUAUUUAGAGAUAUAGAAUAAUUUUGCAUUGACUGAUGAUAAAUUUAAGUAAAAAAUAGUUAUAACUCGUGUCUGUUGGAUUAGUUUUAGAAAACUGUUUGAAAGUACUACUUGUAUUUAUUAUAGCUUGAAAAUAAAUCUGAUUUAUUGUA